CCCUUUGCCCCACCAACACACCUGGACCUCUCGGGCUUGAAGAUCUCGCACAAGAGCAAAGCCAAAGUAAGCCGACACCACUCGGAUUCUACCUUUGGAGCCAAGUUGGGCCCGAAGCUGAGUCCGGUGCAGCCGGUUAUGCCCAUGGUGACCCAGCUAGACCUGCGUUCUGUCCGUUUGCGUUCUGUCAGCCGAUCUGAGACUGAGGAUAACUUGGACAGUCCAGAGCUACUCGAGGAACCGGGCAAGAAGGUCCGGCCCCCAGUGGCAGAAAAGCCACCCCUCUCCCGAAGGCCACCGAUGCUGUUGCAUAAAACUCCACCGGUCCAGGAGGAGUCUCCUGUGAGCUCUCCAACGUCUCCAGCCGCACCCCAAGGGUUGGUCCCUGCGGAGAACAUUUAUAUGGUGGCCAGGAGGCCAGACCACCUGUGGGAUGCAGGCACGUGGAGCCCCACAGAAUCCCCUUCUGCUGAGGGGGCAGCUUCUCCCACACAAGGCCCCACAGGGACAUUCUUCUCCACUGCACGGAGGCUCUCCGAGGGCAGCUUGGAGGAGGAUGAGCAGAUGAAGGCCAAGGCUCUCGAUGAGGUGGUGCCUGGGGGAGAGAGCCGUAAAGCUAAAGUCCCACCUCCUGUCCCAAAGAAGCCUAGUGUACUUUACCUGCCUUUGGUGACUUCCCCACUCCACCCAGGGCCUUGUCCUGGGGAUCAGAGGUUGCCUCCUAGCCCAGUUAUCAUGCUAGAUGAGGAUUCUGCCUACUCAGAACUGACCACCUACCAAGUGCCGUCUCCUGUUGCCAAUGAGGUGAAU